AUGUCGAAGUCCAAGACCAAGGCCCUCUCCGGGAAGGCCCAGCUUCACGACGUUCCGGAGCCUGUGCCCAUCCCCGCUGAUGUCAAUCGGGAUCCAGAAUCGCUGCUCAAAUUGUCCUGCAAGCUGUCGUUGACUAGCGGCGAUUUCAUCGACACUAAGUUCUAUGCAUACACUCGCAGAAAAAGCUCCAGUGAGGUCUACGCCCCUCAGCCGAUUUACGCCAACAGCUACCUGUUACGGGCGAGAGCGCCGGAGUAUUUUGAACCUCUAUUGCUGCAGGGUUAUGGCGGGGAUUGUAUCAUUGCUCCUCUGAACGGGCCAUUCCCGGAUGAGUUUCCUGUUGAAGCCAGCGGAUGUGGUCACGAGUCGGACAGUGAUAUCGAAGACGACGAGCAAGAGUCUGAUGGAUCCGCAGGCUCUGGACUGACAAGUACGAUAUCGUUUUCGCUCUCGUCCACCACUAGCCCCCCUGCUGAGGACAAGAAGAAAGGCACCGAUGAUGAUUCUGGCGAUACAGACGAUAAACAUGAUAUCGUUACAGGAAAUGUCGGCCGCAUUCGCUUGAUGCGUGACUUCGCAUAUCCUACGUGGAAAGCCUUCAUUUUCUAUCUCUACACAGGAGACAUCGCAUUUGCACCAUUGAAGAGCGAAGUGCGGACGAAGCCCAACUCGUCGGAUGUAGCGAGACGCGAGAACUUCACGCCCUCCCCCCCGCUUUGCUCUCCAAAGUCAAUGUACAGACUUGCUGACGAACUGGGCUUGAAAGACCUGAAAGACAGGGCACGAAGGGAUAUAGAAUCUAAGAUUUCUGAGCAGAAUAUCCUGGUGGAACUCUUUUCGUCCUUCACGGCCAGAUAUGACGAAAUCCGAGACAUGGAGGUCGCUUACGCUCAUGACAGCGCAAGGGGUGCCGUAACGCGUGGGAUCUACGAAUGGAUGAGCUCUAUACCUCCGGAUGGGCUGAAGCACAACGCAGGCGUUAUAGCUCAGAUCAUCCAGAGAUUUGGAGGCCACUAUUGA